CCGGUUCCGGCGGUGCCGCGGGGCCGGGAGCGAUGGGGCCGCGCCGGGAGGGGCUGGGACGGGGACCGGGACGGGGACGAGCCGCCACCACCACGAAGAGCGAGGAAGAGGCGGCCGAGGAGCAGCUGCUCCGGGGGCUGGAGCCAGCGGAGGAGGACUCUGGCUCCAGCGACGACAGCGAUGACGGCGGGAGCGUGGCGGGGGCUGGCGGGAAAGAUCAAUCUGACAUGUCUUUUGAGGAACUCCUGCAGGUGCAGAGUGAUGCAAGGACGAGAGUGAGCAAGAAGGUCGCUGGUGGAAAGAAAACUGCAAAACCUACCAAAUCUACACUGAAGCAGCAAGGCAAAAAGGGGCCAUUGGAGAUGUCUGCCAAGAAGCCUGUACCUUUCCUGCGACAAGUCGUCCCUGUUAGGAAGAAGGUCCAGAGAGACCCUCGAUUUGAUGACCUGUCUGGAAAGUAUAAGCCUGAAAUAUUUAUGAAGACGUACACUUUCCUGGACACCAUCAAGAAGCAGGAGAAGGAGAUGGUUCAGAAGCAGCUGAAGAAAUGCCGGAACAUGGAACAGAAGGAGAAACUUCAGCGGCUCCUGAACCGCAUGACGCAGCAGGAACAGGCACAGAAAAAACAGCAGAAGUUGAGAGAGAGGGAGCUGUCUUUGAAAAGGCAACAGAGGGAAUUGGCCAAGCAGGGAAAGAAACCCUUCUUCCUAAAGAAAUCUGAGAAGCGGAAACUGGAACUAGCUGAGAAGUAUGCAGAGCUGAAGAGGAGUGGAAAGCUAGAGAGCUUCCUGAACAAGAAGAGGAAGAGGAAUGCCAUCAAAGACAAACGCCAUCUGCCCUCACAGAAGAACUUGUGACUGUUGGACAGUCGUGCUGUUGUCUGGCACUGGCUCAUUCUGCUUUAGCCAGGCCUGGAGGAUGCUUAUCCCUCUUCCCAGGAUCUGCCUUUCACUGUACAGUGAUGCUGUAAGGCAGCAGAGCAGAGGCUGAAUGUUUUUUUUGUAGCUGAAGUAUCUUGCUUGUGGUUUAGAUCAUGCUAAGUGUGUCGUGCAGAUGCUGAUGGUGAUGACAGCUGUCUUUGUCCUUGCACCUGCUCAUUUCUAACUCUAGCAAGAAAAGUGUGAGUCCUGCCCUGCACUGCUGGCUCUACUCCAGGUUCUUUCAGACUUCCACUGUGGCAGAAAAGGAGGUGGGACAAUGCCUGCUCAGAGCAGCAACCCUAACUUCAGAUCAGGUUGCCCAGGGCUACUUUGUUGGGAUCUGGUAAUGUCCAAGGACAGAUGCCCUUAUCUUUCUUGGCCUCUGCUCUACUGCUUCUGGUUCUCAAGAUGGAACUUUUUGUUCCCUCAUCCAGGAAACCUGUCUGAUGUUAGUCCAUAACUAUUGUCUUGUUCUCAUUGAAGUGCCUGGCUCUGUCUUCUUAGCAGCUUUGUCACACGUCUGAGGGGUGGGUGGGAAAGGGGUGCUGUAAGGUCUCCCCAAAGCCUUUUCUUCCUAAGGGUGAAUGAAUCCUGUUUCCUCAGCCUUUCCCAGCAGUGCUUCAGCCUCUGACAGCUUUCACAUGCCCAAAUGGGGUCAGCCCAGACAACCAAGAGCUAUCUUUUGGUGGCCCAGCAUGGACCAGUAUCUGGAUAUAGUCUCACAAGAGAUGGGUAAAGGUGAGAGGAUCAUUCCACGUGGGCUGCUCCUGGUGAUGCAGAUCUAGGUGUGACUGGCCUUCCUCAUACACAGGGCAUGCUGUGACUGCUCAGGUAUUGGUGCUUGGGAUCUCACCUUCAGAGAGGCUUGGUUUCUCAGGGACAUCUCCACAGGGUUAUUAGUGCUUCUAAGAAAACGAUCCUGUAUGAAAUAAAACACCUGUUUUCCUUUA